UAACUGAAACCAAAACUAAAACCCUACUUCCUCUGCAACUCUAACUUCAACAGUAACUACUACCCCAUCACAACCACAAAAUCCUCCAUAACCCAAAUGGCAACCAAGGUUGACGAAUCCAACGUUGGAAUCUUCUGCUUCAUCUCUAACCUCCCUGGCUUUCGUGGCAUUCUCAAACAAAGGUAUUCCGAUUUUAUUGUGAAUGAAGUAGAUAAAGAAGGAAAUGUAGCUCAUCUAACUUCCUUGGAUGCCCCUCAGGAGGAGAUUGGUGAGGAAACUGUGACGAUGACAGAAGAUACAGCUAAUACUAAAAGUUAUGCUUCUGAAAUUGAAUCAUUUAGAUCUCUAGCUGGUGACUCGGAUGCCAAGCAUUUAGAAGAUUUUAUUAAUCAAAUUAAUUCUGGUGUUGAAGAUGGCAUUUCACCAAUUGUUCUUUCACCAGAUUCUGACAAAUCUCAUCGAACGGCAAUGCACAAUUUUUUUAAGCAGAACUUCAAAUUCCUUGUCACUGACGUGGUUGAUGGACCAGAUGCCUCAUCAAAAUGCAUUCGUGUGAGGUUAAAUACUGGAGGUCAAAGAAAUAAAGGCAGACACUCCAAAAAACGGAAAGAAAGAGGUGAUAAGCCCUUUGAUAGCAGAGGUUCAGAAAAUUGGUCAGAGAACAAUGGGAAGUUCCUUAGGUUUCAUCUUUACAAGGAGAACAAGGACACACAGGAGGCCUUAGGAGUGAUAGGAAAGAUGCUUGGCAUCCAGCCGAGGUCUUUUGGGUUUGCGGGUACGAAGGAUAAGCGCGCAGUCACGACUCAAAGGGUAACAGCUUUCAAGCAGCAUGCAAGUAGAUUAGCUGCUCUUAAUGAAAGGUUGAUUGGUAUCAAAGUGGGUGACUUUUGCUAUGUUAAGGAAGGACUUCUUCUUGGCCAGCUCAUGGGAAACCGGUUUACAAUCACAUUGCGAGGAGUUGUUGCAGAUUCUGAUGAUACUGUCAAAGCAUCUGCAGAUGCAUUGGGAAGGCUUGGGUUUAUCAACUACUUUGGUUUACAACGUUUUGGAAGCGGUUCUGUGCCGACACAUCUUAUUGGGGCUGCAUUAUUCCGAGGAGAGUGGAAGGCUGCUGUAAGCAUGAUUCUUGAUCCAAGAGAAGGGGAAAGAACUGUCAUAGCAAAGGCACGCGAAUAUUACAAGGAAAGUAAUGAUAUUGAAGGGACCUUGAAGCAGUUACCUCGACAUUUAGUUGCUGAAAGGGCUAUACUGCAGUGCUUGAAGAAAUGUCCGGGGAACUACUUGCAGGCUCUGAAGGCUGUACCUCGGACGUUGAGAAUGAUGUAUAUACAUAGUUACCAAAGCUAUUUGUGGAACCAUGCAGCUAGUCUGAGAGUGCAAAAAUAUGGUACUGACCAAGUUGUGUUGGGAGACUUGGUAUAUUGUAAAGGAGAUAAUACUGAAAACGUGUCAGGAGGGAUGCUUGAAUGUGAAGAUGACAGCAAUAAUGAUGCAGAUGAUUCUAAUCAUCUAGACGAAAUCUCUGGAACCGAUCUUCCUGAAGAAAGAAAUAAUCUUGUGAAGGUUGUAACUGCAGAAGAUAUCCAUACUGGAAAUUAUACAAUUGAUGAUGUUGUCCUCCCAAUGCCUGGUUCAAGGGUAAUAUAUCCAUCUAAUGAUAUUGCCAAUGUCUUCCAUGAUUUGGCAAAGAAGGAUACAAUCAGCUUGUUGGAGAGUGUACAUAGUGUAAAGGAAUUCUCAUUAACCAGUAUAACUGGAAGUUAUAGGCGGGUUUUUCAAAAGCCACUUGACUUCGAAUGGGAAUUACUCUCAUAUACCGAUGGUAAUAUUCCAUUAGUAGAGACAGAUUUAGAGAAAAUUGCCAAGUCUAAACCUGUGAAGAAGGCCAGAGAAGAGGAUCUGGCCAAUGGAAAUGACAAAAACAAUCUGUUUGAUUGCACAAAACAAUCAGAGAUUCUUGAAAAUGACAUGAAGACUGAAACAGAUGAUAAUGAGGUGGAGGGUGAGCAAGAAGAAGUCUUGCCAAGAGUUGAAUCUCAGGAACCCCAGAUGGCUCUUAAGUUAAGCUUUACCCUCCCAGCUUCUUGCUAUGCAACAAUGGCAAUAAGAGAACUUCUCAAGACUUCAACAUCUGUUGCAUAUCAUAAAACAUUGAACUAGUGAGCACAUUGCUUCUCAAUUUAGGGGCAUCCAAGACGGUUGCAUGGUUCUCUAUAGGAGUACUUACUUUGAGAUGGGGAGGAAAAAGCCAAGGAGAAAAGAAGGCUUACUUCUCUGUUACAAGUUACAACAUAUUAUAAAUUUUGCUUUUCUAUUAAAUAAAACAUAUUAAUGCUCUUUUUCUGUAACUCAACAUUUGUUGAUUACUUGUGAUAGCAAAACUGAAGAAAUAGAUUCCUCCUUAUAGCACCUUUUCCAAAUGUAA